AGGAGGAGGCGAGGAGGGGGGAGGUGCCGGUGCUGGUGGUGGAGGUGGAGGUGGUGGAAGAGGAGAAAGGGUGUGCGGCAGCGGAGGAUGCCCCGGUGGGGUACAGCGGAAGAGGGGGUUUAGAGGGGAGAACUUCGUAGCAGUCAUCCUUUUUAGGAAAGGAGGGAAAAAUAAAACCCUCCCCUCACGGCUUUACCCCCACCCCUUCACCAGCACCACCACACACAGCGAGGUCUCCUCUCGUGGAGCACACGGUGGAGUGUGUACGCUUUCUGCCUUCAUUUACCAAGCAGCUUUUUGGAAAAUGUCUUUUCUGUCCGGAGUUUAAUCAAAAGGAGAUUUUUUUUUUUUUGCUCUUCCAUCUUUUUUUCCCUCCUCCUCUCCUCUCUUUUAAAUGGAGACGUGAAGCAGUUAUUGGAAUAGAGAUCAAUGCCUGUACGCGCGCGUGUGUGCGUGUGUAAAUUGCACAGGGAAAACCACAGGACUUCUGCAAAAUACUGGAUUGAAAAUUGUAAUUCAUCUGCUGCCGCCGCCGCCGCCGCCACUGCCUUUUUCUUUCUUUCUUUUUCCCCCCUCAUUUUUGCUUCUGGAUUCUCCGAUUGGGGUUUCUAGGGUUUGACAUUUCUCUGGAGAUGUCUGGAACAGAAGUCUGGGAAUUAAUUUGGAAAUCCUAAUUUUUUCCAACUCCUGAUUCAUUUGGAAGUUUCAAAGCAAAUAUAACUUGAAAGUCCUGAAGAUUUGUGGGAUUUUCCCCCUUAUGAGCUUGUUCUGUUUUCACAAAAAGGAAACUUGACAGAGGAGCGUACAGUACUUAGAAUACAACAUCGCCGAGGAAAUAGAAUAAACUAACUAAAUAGCGUGCCUCAUUGAAAUAAAAAGAUUCAAAAGGAAUUAAAAUAAUAAAAUACUGUGCAUCUCAUGCCAAGGGGAAAACACCAGGAAGAAUAAAUUCAGAGACAAGACUCCCCUAAAGUCAAGAAAUGAAAAGCACAUCCAAUAAAAUAACUGGAUUAUAAUUAUUGUUCUGUAUUUUGCCAGGUGUGGGGUGGGAGAGGGAAUAAGAGGUGGGUGUUGUCACCAUUUGGCUGCUCUCCUUGGUGUUCACUGCUCCCUCCUUUGGGAAUAAUGGCUCACCCUGGAAGAAGAGGGUAUGAUAACCGGGAAAUAGUGAUGAAAUACAUUCAUUAUAAGCUAUCACAGAGAGGGUAUGAGUGGGAUGCUGGAGAUCUGAGGACACCAGCCUCUCCAAGUCUUCCUCCUGUUGUUGCUUCUGCCCCUGCUGUUGGGAUCUUCUCUACCCAGCCAAGACAUACACCUCUGCCUGCUGCACCCCAGGACUUGGCCACUUCUACUACUGCUGCUGCUAGAAACUCACCUUUGCCUCCUCCUCCUGCUGUUGCUGCUGCUACUGUUGAUGCUGGACCGGCUGUCAGUCCAGUGCCACCUGUGGUCCACCUGACUCUUCGUCAAGCUGGAGAUGAUUUCUCUCGAAGGUAUCGGAGAGACUUCGAUGAAAUGUCAGGUCAGCUGCACCUGACCCCUGUUACUGCUAGGGGACGCUUUGCCACAGUAGUGGAGGAGCUGUUCAGGGAUGGGGUGAACUGGGGGCGGAUCGUGGCCUUCUUUGAAUUUGGUGGUGUUAUGUGUGUGGAGAGCGUCAACCGGGAGAUGUCGCCUCUGGUGGACAGCAUAGCCCUGUGGAUGACUGAGUACCUGAACCGGCACCUGCACAACUGGAUCCAGGAUAACGGAGGAUGGGAUGCCUUUGUGGAAUUAUAUGGCAACAGCAUGAGACCUUUGUUCGAUUUCUCCUGGCUGUCUCUGAAGACUCUCCUCAGCCUGGCUCUGGUGGGAGCUUGCAUCACUCUUGGUGCCUACCUAGGACACAAGUGAAUAAGCAAACACACACAAUGGAUAGAUAUGCAAAAGACUCACUAAACUGUAGAAAUAGUAUGCAUUUUUUUUUUCAGUGAUCCAUAAUAAAAUUUGGGUGUGGUCUCUUAAAAAAAAAAAAAGGAAAACAUUGGAGGAAAAAAAAACUUCUGGGCAAAAUAUUAAAUCAGCUAUUUACUGCCAAAGGGAAAUAUCAUUUAUUUUUACAUUAUUAAAAAAUUUAUUUAUUUAAGACAUUUACAUGUAACCUCCUGUCUUCAGAAACUCUGCCGCUUACAGCAAAGUAACUCUUACUAUGGCUCCACACAGAAUCUCCUGUGCCUAUAAAUGCUGAUUUGUUUUAGACGGAGUUGGCUGGACUAACUCAAUCUCCGAAGAACAAACAAACUGACAAAGGAUCUUACUGUUGGAGAAGAGCUUUUUUAGGCUGCUUGAUUAUAGGGAGGUGGGGUGCAUUUUAUGUGCAUUUAUUUGCCCUGCAUGGAAAUAGAAUUAUUUCCUGCUAGGAAAAAAGUGACACUUUGCUUAUGAUUUGCAUGAUGCACACACCAUCCAAGAAGAAAAGGAAAUUUGAGGGCAGACUUAUGGUCCAUUAAGAUUCUUCAUGUUUCCUCCACCUCCCCAGGACAGCUAUGGGAAAUAUAAUCUUAAAUCAUAUAUGAAAGUAUUUUUUUAAGCUACCAAUUGUGCCGAAACAGCUUUUUAACAAUUAAGAAAUAUCAUCCAAUACCUUAAACACUGAUUUGUCUAUUCAGAUACUCAGAGAUACGUCAGUCCAAAUACUCCCUAUCUGAGUAGGAAACUGGCUCCUUUGGAACAUCAAGAAAUCAACAUGUCAGUGAUUUCUUCAGCAUCAGGGUGUUUUUUUUUUUUUUUUUGAACUACUCACACAGAAACAUCAGGACACCAUAAGUGCCUGUUUCUCCAGGGUAAGACUGCAGCUUGCAGGCCUGUCUUGUGUCCCAACUAAGUGGGCUCAUUCCUGGAACCACUCCCAUGCAGGCAUUGGUCUCCAUGAGGGUUUCUAAACAGUGCAGUGUGGUCUCUGAAACUUUGGAAGUUAACAAAGUUUUGAAUUCCAUUGGCAAAUAAAAGAAAUGUUUUUCCAUUCAAGAAAGAACUCUAAGUGGGCUCUACUAGGGCCUGUUUAUCAAAUUGGAGAUAAUGAAAUCAAUUUAAGCUCAUUUUUCCAAUUUAAAGUGGAGUUUGGGGACGAAAACUAUUUUUUCCACAUAGGUCAUUUCUUAAGUUUGCCAUUGAAGAAGACAAAGCUCUCAUAGUCAUCAACCAGAUCAUCCUGACAACUUUAGAAAACUGAUUCAGUCCAGGAAGAGGCAAAAAAAGGGGAACCCUGCUGCCUUUGUGUUGGAGGGAGAGAGAGAAAAAAAGAGACAUACACAGAAAGAAUGUGGUUAAAAAAAAAAAAAAGGACUUGAAUCCCUUUUAUAUCCAGAUUUUAAAUCAAUCUCAAUAAGGCAGACAGAUGAGGAACAGUAAAUUGUACCAAAUACUGUCCAAACAGCAUGCCUGUAUUUGGGACUGAUCUCUGACAUAUUGAUGUGGUUCAAAGGAAGGUUUUAAUAAAGAAGGGAAAUGUCAAAAGGAGUGUCAUGGACUAAUUAACUUAUGCCUAUGGAAUUUGAUGGGAAAACUCAUUAACUCAUCAUUAUUAUUGUUUGUUCUUAUUUGGAAACCUGGAAGGGGGAGAAAAAUUCCAGUUGUGGAAUUUGGAGAUUAUCUGCACAACCUGGGAGCAAAGAAAAGAAACAGUGGCUAAAACUGUUGAAGAAUCUCAAAAGAGAUCUAGCCUCCGGCUCAUAAACUAGAGAAGAAUUUGUGUUUUAAGUUUAGAUUUCACUUUGUGAUAUACAUGAAAUACCUUUGAGGCAUUAUGGCAUUAUAUACCAUUUAUCUGUAUUAACUUUGGAAUGUAUUUUGUUUAAUGUUUAAUGCUGUAGUUGAUGUGUUUUCAAAGCUGCUUUUUUUUUUUAGGUAUGUGCAUCUCAGCAUUUAAUUUUUUUUUUUAAUUUAGUUAUGACCUCUACACUAUUUGUUAGCAAGGAUGAGAAUUUUCCAUUUGAAGUUUUGUAUUUUGACUCUCAGAAACUCUUAACAAUGCCUCUUGUAGUCUUUGGACCUCGGACAGCUGAAGAAGAGGGAACUGAAGCUUUUGAGGGCAUUCAUCUCAACAGGUUUUAUACUAUGCUUUGAAACAGAAAUGUUGGAAUAAAGCAAAACAGCAUUUGCUGUUGUACCCCUGACCUUGUUCCUUAUAGUUUUACUUAACCUGAAUAAUUCUGAGUUUAGUAACUCAAGUUAUUUGAGACAAUGUGCACAUUCAGCUAUAACCAUGGGGUUCAUUUGCAUGAAUUUCCUAAGAUAGAGACUUUCUAGGGCCUUAUAGUAAUUAAGACUCUAGCCCUAGGAGUGUGUGACUUUUAGACUUGCAUCAAAAUGACCCAUUUAAAUAUAGGUACCAAGGAAAGCCAUAGGAGCUGAUUUAAAUAGGUCAUUUUUCAUGAGAGUUAGUAGCACUUAUGGGUUCACACUUGGAACAGAAUAGACUUGUAGAGUGGAAAAUGGCAUGAAUUAUAAGUCAUUAUUCAGAACCAAAUUAGUGAAGAAGAUAAAAUGAUUUUUUUGGUUUCAAUUUUUAAAUGUUUUAUUAUUUUAUGAAAGGUUUACAUUUUCAAAAGUGGCAAAUAUUGAACUGAAAGCCCUGUGCUGCUAUGCCAACAAGAUCACCUGCAUGGAGUUGGUUUUGUAGUUCACUCCAAGUGUCAAGAUUUUCCAAGCUGCUUUAGAAGUAAUAUGAAGUACCUUAUGAGCAUUUAAGCGAUAAAGUCUGAUUGGUGUUUGGUUGUCUUUGUGGUUGUUGUUGUUAUUGUCCUUUUUAAAAAAACAAAAACAAAAACCUGGGUUUCCCAGUAUAUUAGUAAAGUGUGUACAUAUAUAUGUGUGUAUAUAAAUAUAUAUAUAUAUAUUAAAAAAUUAGUCAUGGUGGUUGAUGUUUGUUUGGUUUUCUUUUGCUAUUGGGGAUCUUAUUUUCUGGUAUUCCCCAUGAAAAACUUUUGCCACCUGACUCUAGAAUUGUACAGUAUUUCCAUGCCUGCACUUGCUCAGAGACUAGUUGAUAAUGCAUUUCUUUUUGUUAAAGAUAUAGAAAUGAUGAAUGUAUAUAAAAGUUU